ACAAAAGUCAUAUAGAAGAAGGAAAAAAAAAAACGUAGAAUAAAGUGGGCGGAGGCCUGCUUGAGAUUUCACGAGUAGAACAAAUAAAACGCAAAUAUCUAAUGUUACAAGUUUUGUCCUGAAAUUAGGUUGUGAACGCAUCUGUGUUUCUGACAUUGUUUAUUUUGCUACAUUUAAGCCAUCAUAUUUUGACAUACUUUCACUGUCAUAAUACUUGAAAAUAGUUAACCGACAUGCUGCGCUGCCUAAACACCAAGCGGAAAUACAUUAUUUUUUAACCAGCCCACUUUAAAAGCCAAUCUUAUUUUGCAUUUAACAUCAGUUGUAUUCUUUUUAAACACGAACUACCCUCAUCCAGACCAUGGUAGACAAUCGCUAUGCUACAGCUCUGGUCAUCGGCUCUGUGCUGAGCCUGCUGGCCACAGUCUACCUCUCCGUGGCUGUGGGAACUCAGCACUGGUACCAGUACAGCAGGCCACUUGUUAAACCCAACGGGAGCAACGCCUCCGAGUUUAAGGAGUUCACCGAUGGGGAGUUUGAUGAGAAGACUUACCGGGACACCAUGUACCGCCUGAACGGCACACUGGGACUGUGGUGGAGGUGCAUACUGGUGCCCAGCGAGUCAUACUGGUUCAAAGAGCCGGAGCCAAGGAUGGAGACGCGGUGUGUGAGUUUCACUCUUCCUCAGCAAUUCAGCCCAAAAUACAAAUACCAGGAAAACAAUAACAGCGAAGAAGAUCUGCUGAGAACAUACUUGUGGAGGUGCCAGUUUCUCUUGCCCUUGGUCUCUCUGGCUUUGGUGUUUCUUGCCGGCCUGGUUGGGGUCUGUGCCUGCCUGUGCCGCAGCUUCACCCCUACCUUGGGUGUGGGAGUCCUCCAUCUACUCGCAGGUCUGUGCACUUUGGGCACCGUCUGCUGUUUCCUGGCCGGGGAGGAAUUGUAUUCCCUCCGCCCAAAAGAGGUGGAGGGCUCGUUGGGCUGGUCCCUCUACCUUGCUCUCAUCUCCUUUCCUCUGCAGAUGAUGGCAGCUGCUUUGUUCCUUUGGGCGGCCAGGAGUCACCGCACAAACUACACCCGCAUGACUGCUUACAGGGUAGCUUAAAGAGGGACCACUACAACCGCUUACCUUAAAACCACCUACUGGCCUCAGUAUAAAAAUAAGGUUUCUGAUUAAGAAAGAACUGCACUGGUUGCAACGUUUCAGUUCUUCCGCAACAGUCUUUAGAAAACAAAACAAUUACACGAUAUCUCAGUUCUUUGCAUAAAUACAGUCAUCCAGUUUACACCUGAUCAUCACAAGUGCUUAUCAUUUAGGGGUUUAAUACCUUUUGGAAUGGUGUUUUCUAGCAUUUGUAACCUGAAUCUUACCCAAAGCAUGCUCUUAUUUUAACACCCCUAUGUUGUGGAUCAUUUGUAAUCCCCGGUGUUAACGUGUUACUGUGCUGUACUUUUAAAUGCCAUUGCUUCUAAAGCUGCUCACCACAUUGACCUUAAAUUACUUGUAGAUUAUGAACCUGCACACACAUUUCUGACAUGCUGGUAUCAGGGUAGCUUUCUCUUGUUAGUGCAUGCCAAAUAUUAUUACUCAAGCUUCUAUUUUUAUUUGUUAUUGUGUAGAUUUAUAUUGGGAUAUUCUUAAAUAUUAAGCCUUUGCUGUGCAUUCUAAGGUGAACCUUUUGUCAUCUGUGGUAAUUGUUGGUUUCAGUCUGUGGUACAUGUUGACUAAAGGUCACUCACUAAAAAUGUAACCACUCAUCUCCCAUUGUCGGCAUCUUUUAUAAAUCUAAUAUUUCUGAACAGA